GCGCGGGCGCUGCCAUGUUGGCGGAAGCGGAGCCUCCUGUGCGGUGGAAACUGUUCGUGGCGGUGGCCUCCGCGUCCGUCUGCGCAGCCUCCUGAGUCUUCGCCUCGCUCGCGUCUCGGUGUUGAGAGGCGGCGGCUUGCGGGAUGGAGAAAAGUAGGAUGAAUUUGCCCAAGGGGCCGGACACGCUCUGCUUCGACAAGGACGAGUUUCUGAAGGAGGAUUUCGAUGUUGAUCAUUUUGUGUCUGACUGUAGGAAGCGGGUUCAAUUGGAAGAACUGAGAGAUGACCUGGAACUCUACUACAAACUUCUUAAAACAGCCAUGGUCGAACUCAUCAACAAGGAUUACGCAGACUUUGUCAACCUUUCAACAAACUUGGUUGGCAUGGACAAAGCUCUAAACCAGCUUUCUGUGCCUUUGGGGCAGUUACGGGAAGAGGUUCUGAGUCUUAGAUCAUCUGUCAGUGAAGGAAUUCGGGCAGUAGAUGAACGAAUGUCUAAACAGGAGGACAUUAGGAAAAAAAAGAUGUGUGUGUUGAGGCUUAUACAAGUUAUUCGAUCAGUUGAGAAAAUUGAAAAAAUCUUAAACUCUCAAAAUUCUAAAGAAACAUCUGCACUAGAAGCAAGCAGCCCACUUUUAACAGGACAGAUUUUGGAGAGAAUUGCCACAGAAUUUAACCAGUUACAGUUCCAUGCUGUUCAAAGCAAAGGCAUGCCUCUUUUGGACAAAAUAAGACCACGUAUAGCUGGUAUUACAGCCAUGUUACAGCAGUCACUGGAAGGUCUGCUGUUAGAAGGCCUUCAGACUUCCAACGUGGACAUAGUGCGGCACUGCUUGCGGACUUACGCCACCAUCGACAAGACCCGGGAUGCGGAGGCCUUAGUUGGCCAAGUACUGGUGAAACCAUACAUAGAUGAGGUGAUUGUGGAGCACUUUGUUGAGUCUCAUCCCAGUGGCCUUCAGAUGAUGUAUGAUAAACUCCUGGAGUUCGUUCCUCACCACUGCCGCCUUCUUCGAGAAGUCACGGGAGGAGCCAUCUCUAGUGAAAAAGGCAAUAUUGUUCCUGGGUAUGACUUUUUGGUGAAUUCUCUCUGGCCAGAAAUAGUACAAGGAUUAGAAGAAAAGUUGCCCUCACUUUUUAAUCCUGGGAAUCCUGAUGCAUUUCACGAGAAAUAUACCAUAAGUAUGGAUUUUUUAAGAAGAUUUGAAGAACAAUGUGGAUCACAGGCCAGUGUAAAAAGAUUAAGAGCACAUCCUGCCUAUCACAGCUUUAAUAAUAAGUGGAACUUGCCUGUUUAUUUUCAAAUAAGAUUUAGAGAAAUAGCGGGAUCCUUAGAAGCAGCACUUACAGAUGUUCUGGAAGACGCCCCAGCUGGAAGUCCGUAUUGCCUUUUGGCUUCUCACAGAACAUGGAGCAGUCUUAGGAAGUGUUGGUCAGAUGAGCUGUUUUUGCCAUUGCUGGUGCAUCGUCUGUGGAGACUCACUCUGCAGAUUUUGGCCCGAUACUCUGUGUUUGUUAGUGAGCUUUCACUCAGGCCCAUAUCUAAUGAAACUGCCAAGGAGAGCAAAAAACCUUUGAUAACUGGUAGCAGAGACCCUUCCACGUCCCCAGGGAACAGUGAAGACCCAGGAAGCAGUGCGGCAGACACAAAGCCUGUGGUUUCCAUUUCCAGCACUCAGCUCAUCUACGUGGUCGCAGACCUGCACACGCUGCAGGAGCAGCUUCCAGAACUCCUGGAAAUAAUCAAGCCAAAACUUGAAAUGAUUGGAUUUAGCAAUUUUUCUUCUAUCUCAGCGGCCCUUGAGGACUCCCAGAGCUCCUUAUCAGCCUGUAUACCUCCCCUGAGCAGCAAGAUCAUCCAGGACCUAAGUGAGUCCUGCUUCAGGUACCUGAAAAGUGCCCUGGAGGUUCCUAGGCUGUACCGAAGAACCAACAAGGAGGUCCCAACUGCAGCUUCCUCCUAUGUGGACAGUGCCUUGAAGCCAUUCCACCAGCUUCAGCGUGGACACAAGGAUAAGCUCAAGCAUGCAGUAAUUCAGCAGUGGCUGGAAGGAGCUCUGUCAGAGAGCACGCAUAAGUAUUAUGAAACUGUGUCUGAUGUCCUGAACUCUGUGAGGAAAAUGGAAGAGAGCCUGAAAAGGCUGAAACAAGCCAGAAAAACCACUCCCACCACCCCUGUCGGUCCCAGCGGUGGCAUGAGCGAUGACGACAAGAUCAGGCUGCAGCUGGCCUUGGAUGUGGAGUACCUGGGAGAGCAGAUACAAAAGAUGGGCCUGCAAACAAGCAGCAUAAAAAGCUUCCCAGCUCUGUCCGAGCUUGUUGUUGCUGCCAAGGACCAGGCAGCAGCAGAGCAGCCGUAAGCAUCUGGGACGGCCCCGGGGGAGAGGAGCGUUGACUCUGAGCCCGAAGGGAAGAAGGCGGCUCUGUUCUCCCAGCAGGCCUGCGCAGCGAGCGGUGCUGCCAGCGUCGCCCCGGCAGCGCCGUGCGUCUUCCCAGCGAAUUUGGGACUUCUUUUGCCCAAAAAGAACACUAACGCCUUUUUCCAUUGUAUGGAAGACAGUUUUUAAGACGUUUGAAACUUUCUACUAUAGUUUACAGAACAAAUUAUUUUAUUUUUAUUGUAAAUCUUAGCGUGGAAGAGCUGAUUUCUAAAACAUGAUUAAAGUAAAUAUAUAUGUACGAAUGUAGAAGGUCUCCGUGAUCCUGCCGUCGGGAGUGACAGCUGCAGUGCUGCACUGCGUGGAAACCGUGCAGAUGGAGAGGACGGCCCCUCCUGAGGGCGGUUCCCCGCGCUCCCCAGCUCUGUAAGACGGGGCUGCUGAUCAGGCCUGUCAGGAGCUAGGCCCAGCAGGAAGGGUCUGCUUCCUAAUAAAAGAGUCUGCCACGAG